CUCAUUCUCCAUCUGUUUUGCAUCCAUCUCUCUAUCGCUCUGUUUGCAAAGUAAGCAUUAUGUCUUCUGGCAUGGUGGCCAUAUUGCAGUUGAGUGCUGCUGUUUUAGUUUGGCACAUUUAGGAAUUAUGACAGUGAUACAUUGGAACAAGGAACAGGCAAACUGUAUGCAUGAGCUGGGAGUGAAGUGGACAGGUGAAAGGAGGAAGGGAGGAGAAAGAAAGAAAAGUGGGGAGAAACAGUGAUAAGAAGGGAGAGGUGUAGAACACUGCCCAGAUUCAGAUCAGUGUUUUGGAAGUGCUCGAAAGUGAUGACUCACUUUUCAACAGAACUUUCUGACUUCUGAUCUCUGCUUUAGCAUUAGCCAAACCCAAACAUACUCAUCUUUGAAGAGAAUAUUCGCCGUUCCGCUUAUCGUGAAAGAAAUGCAUUGUUUUCAAUGUGAAAUCCACACAUUUUGACAAUGAAAUACAAAGAUCAAGUGGUGAACACCAGCACACAGCAGCACCAGGGCCAACAGUUCAUGUGUAGAUUGUUAUAUUCAGACCUUUGUCUUUUCAGUCUUGAAUUUUGAAAUGUCUUGUAUUCCCGACCAUGAACUCUUGCUUAAUUCAUUUUAGAAAAAAUUUACAGUUUACUUUUUUAUGAGGCUCAAAUGUAUUUUCUAACAGCAACCAGCACAACCAGCAACGUCUGUCUGAUCAGAGAGCAACUCAGUCCAAUGCUGCAAGGCUUCAACCCCACUGACCAAACCAAUAUGGACAAACUACUCAGUGAUUUCUUCAUGGCUCGUUACCUGGAGUACAAGGACAGCCUUAACAGAGAGGAGGAGGAUGAGCUGAGGAAUGAAUCAGUGUCUGAGGCUCCUACACCUGCCCCUGCCCCUGCCCCUGCCCCUGCCAAAGACAAGAAAGGAGGUAAAAAAGGAAACAACACAGAGAAGCCCCUCCCUCCUGCAGAGACCCCAGUGCCAAGGCUGCCAGGGGCUACAGCAGUGGGUGUGGAUUAUUUGGCUGUGGCAAGAACUGCUGCCAGACUUCUAGGAGAACCCUUAUACCGACAUAUCACAUCAGUCAGUGUCCCGCAGGCUCAGAAUAAGACGCACCUGACAGCGCCUAUGAUUACAAUACUGAGCUGUGGAAAGAACUCUGCGGGCAAACUCAACCUGCUGGAGGAGGUCAUCCUCAUGCCCAGCUCAUUGCAAAGAGUCAGAGAAGUCAUUGGCAUGGGCCUUGAGCUGCAGUGUGAAAUGAGGAGAGUUUUGAAUGGAUCUGCGUAUAAAGCUGGGCCUAUAGGUGUAACAGAUGAGGGAGCGUUACAGGUGGGGUUUGAACGUCCUGAACAGGCUCUUGAUCUGGUCACAGAGGCAUGUGCUAACCUGGCAUUGCCUUUGGGUUCAGACCUGCGCUUGGCUAUAAACUGUGCAGCACACGGCCUGAUGGAGAAUUCACGUGGGAAGUAUGAGGUAAUGUCCGGCUGUCACAAAUACCCAGAUGAAUUGGUGGACAUAUACGAGGGUCUGAUUAACAAAUAUCCUGCUAUCACAUCCCUCAUUGAUCCUUUCAGGAAAGAGGAUGUAGAUCAGUGGGAGAGGCUGGCUUCAGUGAUUGGUCAGUCAUGCUGCCUGAUUGCAGAUGCUGCAACCAAUCUCUGUCCUCGCUGGAGUGAAGCGAAACCCCUCCCAUCUGGGGUCACUAGGGUCAUUAUUAGGCACCAUAGUGAUAUGACCAUCUCUGACCUUAUACAAAACAUAGCAGAGCGGAAAGAUGCAGAGACAAUGCUGGCUGCAGGCAGUGGCGAUACAUCAACUGUUGACCUGGCUGUAGGGUCAGGUGUGUCCUUUCUCAAACUGGGCGGGUUGAGAGGACGAGAGCGAAUGGACAAAUACAAUCGUCUGAUGGCGAUAGAAGAGGAACUGGAGCAUGAGGGGAUCCUGGGUACGGUUCUGUCCUUCACACAUUCUCACACUUACAUAAUGGCAAGUACUAUAAGUAGCAUCUAUAUUCAGAAAACAAUGUAUAGUACCUUUGUGUCUUUCAGGUGCUAGAGAAAAAAAACAGCCUCGGUUAGCUCUUUCCAUACAUUUAACUCCGGAAGCGGCUGUGACUCUGUGACCAUCUCUACUUGAUGUGACUUCAUCUCCUGUCUGUCUGUCUGACAUUAUAACAGUAAGGUUUGUCUGACCUGACUGCAUGGCAUCAAAAUAUAUUUUUUAGUGCAAGAUUGUAAACAUGCAACAUGUAAACUAUCUCAUCACAUGCACCAUAUUCCUGUGUGAUAUACUUUAGUGCUUAUAGAUGGUUUAUACAUUAAAAAAACAUUAAAUAAACAUAACCAUGUUUUUUUAUAUAAAGCCCACCCACAAUUAAUACAUUUUAAUAUUUUUCACAGUAGUCACAGUGAACAUUUGCAAAUAGACCUGCCCACCAUAUCAUUCUUUUGUGUGAUUGUCCACAAAAUUAAUUGUGUGUGUGUGAAAUAUUACACUUCAGAUUUAAAUACACAAUUUAAUUACAUA